GACCCCGUCCCCACACUUGUCCCAGCUGUGUGAGCCCCCCCAGUCUCCCCCCAGGGACAGCCCUGUUCCCAUUCCCAUCCCAGCUGUGUGACCCCCCCUCUCCCUCAGCUCCCCCCCCAGCCUUUCAUCCCGGCCUUUCAUCUCCAGUCGUCCUGGCAACACCCGAAAGGGUCCAAGGCUGUUGCCAUGGCACCCAGGGAUGCUCUGAACCUGAGCCAAGGACCCCGCAGCCCCCCCGGGGCUCUGUCCCAGCCUCAGCCCCUCAGCACCCCAGGGGUGCCCUGCGCCAAGGGGGUGGCAGUGCCAGGGGGUGGCAGUGCCAGGAGUAGAGGUGCCCACAGCUGUGCCAUGGCCACUGGGGAGGACCUGCGCAGCGGCUGCUUCUGGCGGGGGGUGCUGGCGGAGGCCGUGGGGACCCUCAUCUUCGUGGGGGUGGUCCUGGGGGCCUCGGCGGGCCCCGGCCCCCUGGCGCCGGCGCUGGCCGGGGGGCUGGCGGCCGGGGGGCUGGUCUGCACCCUCGGGGGGCCACAGGCCAACCCCGCGCUCACGCUGGCCCUGCUGUGCACCCGCAAGCUCGGGGCCCUGCGCGGGGCCCUGGCGGUCCUGGCCCAGUGCGCGGGGGCUUCGCUCGCCGCCGCCGCCGCCUACACAGCGCUGCCGGACGGCACCGGCCUGGUCCCCAGGGUGAGUGUCCUCGGCCCCGUGCCCGUCCCGAGGUGCUCAGGAGGGGAACAGGUGUCCCUCCCGCAGGUGGGGACGGUGGGGACGGCGCUGGCCUGGGAGACCUUCGCCACCUUCCAGCUGGCACUGGCCGCCUUCGCCACGGCCGAGCGCGUGGCCCCACAGGCCGGGCUGGCCCUGGGCAGUGCCGUGGCCGCCGGCGCCCUGGCCGCGGGGCCGUUCUCAGGGGGCAGCAUGAACCCCGCCCGCGCGCUGGGGCCGGCCCUCGUCACCGGGGUCUGGGACCACCACUGGGUGUACUGGCUGGGGCCGGUGCUGGGUGCGCUGCUGGCCGGGCUCACCUACGAGUUCGUCCUGGCCCCCGGAGCCUCCCGGGAGAAGUUGGGCGCCUGCCUCGCCUGCCGGGACGUGGCACUGGUGGAGACCCCCAGCCCAUCCCCUUCCUCACCCUCUGCCCGUGGCCCCCCGGCCCCCCCGGCUGAGCGGGACCAGGGGACAGCCUGAGCCCCCUGGACCCCCCACUCCGACCCACCCCACCGACCCUCGACACCCCGACACCGUUUCCUCGUAGAGCCCAGAACCUUCCGUGGGGGGCAGCCAGGGCAGGGUGUCCCCCCGGGAGGAUGAGGGGUCCCUGCACGAUGGCUCCAGCCCCCCCCAACCUUUUACUGUCCUCUCUGCCCCCCGGCAGGAUUAAAGGUGGUUGGGGGUCGCA